ACAUGCUGAGUUGGAAGAAAAGUAAGGAAGAUGGCUGGAUGGAGUGGCAGCAGAUUCUUGACUGUUUCUUGAAAACUGAAAUUGAACAGCUGCAGCAUAAGUGCACCCAGAGCAUUCUUAAUCUCCAAGAGUAAAAACAUUAUUUUUCAAGCAUCAAAACCAGUCUCUACAUGUCGUUUCCGACAGGGCAUGCUCUCUCUUCACUUAUAUUGUCAACAUCAGUCUCUUCUACUACUGGCAAAUCAGGGUUGAUGUUAUCAGACCUAAACUCAUCUUCCUUCAAUUC